AUGGCGCCAGCAGAGCCUCCUUCCAGACGUUUACUGACAGAGUUGAGUGAUAGCGACGUGGAAAGACUUACAAGAGUCCUUAUGCUCCAUGAUGGAGAAGUUCAAAAUGAAGCAUGGUUCGCUAAACAAGAAACGAAAAUCAACACCCUUCCUAAAGAAGUUCUUGGGCCAAGGAGCGGACUUGGGCGAGCUUUAACAAGAGUCUCAGAAGCUAUGGAUCUACAUCCUACCCAAAAAGCAACAUUGUGCUUGACGCACAGGAGACUCGAACCUCAUCUGAUUCGUCGCAUCUUCAUUCAUGUGUCAAAAGAGGUCACAGUUCGCAACUCUGCCAUUUCUACUUGCACGAAUCUUCCAGACGGAGUAGCUUUAUGGCUCAAACGCCUUCAAACUAUCAACGCUCUAUGGAUGUCACCAGAACUCUAUCGUUCAGCCUUCGACGCUAUGCCUUGGGAUGAGCGACCUGAACAAAUUAGGAGUGGGUGUGAGGCUUGUAUUCUUUCGGUUAUUGGAGGCGCUCCAAUUAUGUUGUUGGAUCUUCAUAAUUCGGCGCUCAGUCGAGAGAAGAAGGAUGCUAAACGAAAACCUGCAAUCAUGCGGUUUACGGAUCAUUGGUUGAAUCACAAUGGAGUCAAACCUCCGGAGAAGUUUUUUGAGAUCAUGAAGCAGAUCAAAACAGUUCGACGAGCCCAACUAGAGGCGAGACGAGCACGACGGGAUCAACGAAAACGGGGAACAUUGAAGACCAAUGAAUUCAGUGCUCAGUCUGACGUUGGAAACUUGGGCUUUACUUUCGCCGACAAGCCAGCCCGAAAACAAUUUGAGGAUGAGGAAAUUGCAGAAGGAGGGGAGGAACUUAUCGGGAUCUUCUACACCGACAAGCUCGCCCACGGAAACAAUCGAGAUAUAGUACGAUAUUCUGCACAAGGAAUGCAUCCUGCUUUUCGCGCAUCGAUGGUCUUUGAGCCAACACGUCCAGCCACUGGUAAGUCUUCUCACUCUGUUUAUGACAGAAAUUCCUCUUCCUUCCCCAAGCGUGCGAAUACCACACGUAUUCCAUAUAGUGCGAGAGAAGAUCCAUCAAGCGAUGGAUCUUCUAAGUUCCCGAAGUAUGGCAAGUUUAGAAACUCAUCUCUUGAACAGUUACCAACUCAAGCCGAAAAUGAAUAUGGCGCUCCACGUACAGGUCGACCAACUCAUUCAUAUCAUCCAACGGACGAGCCCUCGCAACCCAGUGGUUAUGGAGGAGCCUAUGACGAAGGCGAAUACAUCCCGCCUAGGGUUCCAAUUGCUCGAAUGCCACGCAAAGGACCGUCCACUGCCUCGAUGUGGUCGGACGGCUCGGCCUUAAACACCAAAGCUGAGAAUGAUAGAUUGGCUCGCGAUCGUGCUGAUGCCUACAGUAGCCUGACCGGAGAAGAACCAGAAGAUAUUCCUGACUCUCGGGGGGUUGCACGGCAACGACAUAAUCAAGGUCCACCUCCUUCUAUGAAUAACAAGCAGUGGAACCAUGUCAGAAUGUCUUCCGCAGAUUCUAUUGCCACUGACGAGACGAGAUGGAGUGCUUUUCGAUAA